CAGAAGAUGUCUCAUAAUCAAAAGACGGCCCCAGAAAUGGUAUAAAAGGACCGUCAAUCCGACAGGCACACCACAGCUUCGCUUGGCUCCACUUCUUCGGAAACGUAAUCCAAGCCUUUAAGCAAAAUGCCUCACUUCAAAGGCCAAUCCUACUGCGACCCAAGUGGGGACAGAGUCUACUCCGGAAGCGGCUCUGGUGCCAAUAGGCAGAGAAACCGACGAGGCAGCACUGGCAGCUACUCUGGAGGUUAUGCACAAGGCAGCAGCUGUGGUGACUAUGGUUGCUAUGGUGGCCAAGGAGGUCAACGCUCCGGAAACCAAGGCGGCUACAGCUAUGAUGGCCAAGGAGGCCAGCGCUCUGGAAACCAAGGAGGAUACAGCUAUGAUGGCCAAGGAGGCCAGCGCUCUGGAAACCAAGGAGGAUACAGCUCUGAAGGCCAAAGAGGCCGCCGCCACAGUGGCCAAGGAUCCUACGGUUAUGAUUACCAAAGAGGCCGUCGCUACAGUGAUCAAGGAGGCUACGGCUAUUAUGGGCAUGGAGGCCGUCGUUACAGUGGCCAAGGAGGGUAUGGCAUUGAUGACCAAGGAGGCUAUGGCUGUGAAGGCCGCCGCUUCGGAAACCAAGGAGGCCGUCGCUACAGCAUCCAAGGAGACUGUGGCUAUGGAGGCUAUGGCUUUGGUAUCCAAAGAGGCUGCGGUUAUGGCAGCCUAGGAGGCUUCGGCAACGACGGUGGUUAUGGCAGCCUAGGAGGCUACGGCUUGGGCAACCAAGGAUGCUAUGGCUAUGGUAGCCUAGGAGGCUAUGGCUGCCAAGGAGGCUAUGGCUAUGGAGGUCUAGGAAGACGCAGCUGCCUCCAGCCAAUAGGAUACGGUUGUAGAAGUGGGGGAUACCGCUACGGAGAUUUUGGCUGCCAUUCUCUAGGUAGAGGGCUAUUGGGCCGUGGCUGCUAUGGUAACUAUGGCAGUGGUGGAUAUGGGUAUGGCAGUGAUGGCUGUGGUGUGCGUGCCCUCCUUGGCUACCGCCACAGCAACUGCCAACCAGGUUACGGCUGUGGUUAUCCCAACUAGAAUUCGAUGUCCCUGUCUGCCUCCAUCACUCGGCAUCUUCAUCUGCUACUAAGCCAACCUCCAACUUCACACCACGAAAGAAAACGGACAUGGAAACAAGAAAUCAAUCAACACGAUGUUUGCCACAUGGUUGUUUAGAACUGCUGGGCCUUCCAGAAUUCCCGAAGGAGUUGGUGGAAGCUCAGGACUUCUUUCAGCCAAGCCUGCCUAAGCUUGCUCAGAUCCUUCUGAAAAGAAGGACUUGGACGUUCACAAACCACUUGGCCUUCUGCUCCCGUGGCCUUUGAUGACGGAAACAAUCCUCACGUUGUGUUGUUUCAACCAGCUUGCCAUUCAUGUAAUCCAUGGUUCCCAAAGUAACUAUCAAACAUAUAUAAAGUUUGCUUUGCAUCGCAA